CACUUUGAUGACUUUCGACGAUUCCAGUUUGUUAUGUAAAUUUGUAAAUAAACCAAGAGUCGAUAUUGUAUUAGCAUUCCUCUCGUAAGCAGUAUCUGAAUUUGAACUAAGCUCUGUGUCUGUUCUCUGAGUCACUUACCUAUUUCCGAACACAAAAGAGAGACUCUAACCAUAAGGUUAUCCAAAAAUGGCUGUGAGUCUCAAUCCAAUCGCUCUCGUAGAAGCACCUACUUUCAAUCGACGACAACACCGCUUAACGAGGGCAUUGUUGGAAUGUUGGCACGUAUAUCAUUUUAUCCGACCCUUCUGUACAAUGUUGUCAUGGAAAAGGCCACCACAAGGAAUUGGUUCGACCGAAUCGAUGACAAUGUUAUCUUGGGAGCUCUUCCUUUCCGUUCGAUGACUAACGAUUUGGUUAAGAACGAAAACAUGAAAGCGGUUGUGUCGAUGAACGAAGACUAUGAGCUAACAGCCUUUUCAAACACUGCCGACAAGUGGAAAUUCCUGGGGAUUGACUUCCUUCAACUGGCGACAACUGACAUCUUUGAAUCACCCUGCCAGGAUAAACUAUUCCAAGGUGUGGAAUUCAUAAAUAAAUACCUGCCUCCCAAGGAAAGAAUACCAAGUCUUAAAACAAGUUCAUUGCCAGAGAAUACUGGUACAGUGUAUGUGCACUGUAAAGCCGGACGCACACGUAGUGCUACCCUCGUUGGAUGUUAUCUAAUGAUGAGAAAUCAUUGGACACCAGAUCAAGCUGUACAACAUAUGCGUAAAUGUAGACCUCAUAUUCUAUUGCACACAAAACAAUGGCACGCCUUGAGACUAUUUCAUAAAAAUAAUAUAGAACAACAGUCUUGACAUAAAUAGCCUGAUGCUAAUUUGGAACUAUUAUGGUCUUUAUUUGAGAUGUCUUUAUUUUUAUAUUUAUCUAUGUUAAUCGGUCUGGGGAGUAUGAAUGGCGAGUUUGGGUCAGCGAGGGGUCGUUCUUUGGACAAUGGAAUUUAACACACAAGCUCUCAUACCUUCCCGAUAAUGAAUAGAAGAGAAUUUUCCAAAGACCUAAUUUGAAUAAGCUUAAGAAAGUUAAAAAUAUAUUCUUUUACAUUAAAAACAACAAUGGUUUUCAAAAAUUAUA